AGCGAAGAAGCAACUGAGGUACUGAACAGUGUUCCGUGACUUCUCUAGGAGAUACAAACACAAAGCAUUCCAGGACCUUGGACAGCACCCGGUACCCAAGAGGAACAGCAGAUCAUUUACUAAAGACAAUGUAUAAAGCGAUGUUACAAAGGAACGGCUCCCAGCUCCUUUUCCUAAUAGCCCUGUGCAGUGUGUUAUAUUCCCGGACUCAGUGUUUGCCAUAUGCAUCUAUGAGACCGACGAGACACGCAGACGGUCUCUUUACAAGUGGAUACAGCAAACUUCUUGGACAGCUGUCGGCGCGGCGGUACCUGGAAUCCUUGAUUGGAAAGCGAGUCAGUGAUGACAUGAUGGAGGACCAGGUACCAGUGAAGCGCCACUCAGAUGCCAUUUUCACAGACAACUACAGUCGCUUCCGCAAACAGAUGGCUGUGAAGAAAUACCUUAACUCAGUUCUGACAGGAAAGAGAAGUCAAGAAGACCCUCCCAUGCAAGAAGAAUCCAGAAGUGAGCCCUCGUUUCUAGAGAGCUAUGAUGACAUCGAUGUAGAUCACCUUCUCAAUAACUUCCAAUUGCCACUCUGAGGAAGACCCGCUGGUGCGAUUACCUCAAUCAGUCAACCUCAUCGAUUUGCUAUCCAAAACAUAUAUUUAAGUUCUUCAACAAUGGACAUGUUUCAAAGUCAAGUGUGGUUAUCUCUACAGUAUAAAGUAAAUGUUUACAUUGUAUACAAGAUAUACUGAAACUACAAAUAUUGGUCUGAAGAUGUAGGCAACAGUAAAUACUAUAUACGUCCACCUGGGAUCAGAUAGAUUUGCUUUGACCAGGACUGUAAAUGGUAGUUCAAUAAAUGCAUUCCUAAAACAAACUUUAUACUGGUAUAAAGUAUAAUCAGCUCAUACAGUAGAGGACCACAUUUAGAGUGACACUGAUGCAUAUAAUCACGUUAUAUCCAUGUGGAACAAUGCUAUACCUUGUGCAUAAACUUACCUAGAGCAUUUAGUUAUGUAAAACCGUGCAUCCAAAUAAAAGAUGUCCAUUUAUUUUUCAAAGCUGAGUAAUUUUGUAAGUAAAUAUUGAUGUUGAUUAUUUAUUUUCAUGUGAAAAAGUAUUGCAAAAAAUGACAAAUUACGCCACAAACUUAUAGUUGCACUCAACAUGUGCUUUGAUGACCUGCUCACCUGAAUGAAGAUGGUAAGCAAAGACUACUACAUUUGAUUUCAUGCACAUCAACUUCAUACCAUUUGAAAUGAUCAGUUUCAUGACAAUACACAUGCCAAAUAAGCAUGAUAUUGGCUAUCAGAUCAAAUCAUCAAAAGAUAGAGAAGGACUUGAAAGCAACUACCUUGUGUCUCAAUUAAGGUUAGCAGGGAUCUUUUUUAUUUUAUUUAUUCACUUCAAAAGACAUGAGACAAAGAAUAGCAUAGCAGAUACACACUUACAUUAAUUUAUUUCAACAGACAUAGAUAAGUCAUAGGCUGUCUUCUAAUCAUCAAAAUUAUGAGAGGACUGUGAGAAAGAUUGUUUCCACAAAGCGAGAAUUAUUGUUCCAUUUUUUAAAUGAAUGUAACUCCGAAUAUAUUCAGUGAAUAAAAUGA